CUUUCAACAGUGAAUGUGGAAGGACGCUCGCUCUCACUCUCUCCCACAAUCCCGCGCUCUCCUCUCUCUCUCUCUCUCUCUCUCUCUUCCCCCCUCCAUCACAACAAACUCUCUUUAAUAUUUAUCUUCGUUGAGAGAAAAGAGAGAGAGAGAAAAAAAAAACAACAACAACAACAACAACAACAACUACUACUACUACUACUACUACUACUACUACUACUACUACUACUACUACUACUACUGCAACAUGGAGGAGAGGAAAAGAAAGAAAAAAAGAGGAGGAGGAGGAAGACAGUGAGAAAGAGAAGAAAUAAAGAAAAUAUGAAAUGAGAGAGAGAGAGAGAGAGAGAGAGAGAGAGAGAGAGAGAGAGAGAGAGAGAGAGAGAGAGAGAGAGAGGAACUGAAUCAAUUGUGAAAAGAAAGGAAAAUAUAAAUAGAGAUUAGAGAGAGAGAGAGAGAGAGAGAGAGAGAGAGAGAGAGAGAGAGAGAGAGAGAGAGAGAGAGAGAGAGAGAGAGAGAGAGAGAGAGAGAGAGAGAGAGAGAGAGAGAGAAAUAAGAAAGAAAAGUGAAAUUUGAGACGAAAAGAAAAGGAAAAAAAAACGAGAGAGAGAGAGAGAGAGAGAGAGAGAGAGAGAGAGAGAGAGAGAGAGAGAGAGAGAGAGAGAGAGAGAGAGAGAAUGGGUGCUUUCAACUCCAAGAAGAAAGAAGCGAAUCUGGAAGGAGAAGUGACUUUCGAUCAUUUCCAAGUAUUAAGAGCCAUUGGGCGAGGGAGUUUUGGGAAGGUGUGCAUCGUACAGAAAAAGGAUACGAAACAGAUGUUCGCCAUGAAGUACGUGAACAAGGAGCAAUGUGAACAAAGGGAAGCGCUCAACAAUGUCUUCAGAGAGAUAGAAAUUUUGGCCUCUCUGUCUCAUCCCUUCCUGGUCAAUCUGUGGUUCAGUUUUCAAGACGCAGAGGACAUGUUUUUGGUGGUCGAACUUCUGGUAGGAGGAGACUUGCGGUACCACCUCCAGCAGGGUGUUGAGUUCGGCGACUCCUCCGUCAGGCUGUACGUGUUGGAGGCAGCCAGCGCUCUUAUGUACCUUCAUGAGCGCAAUAUUAUACACAGGGACAUAAAACCGGACAAUUUACUACUUGAUGAAGAAGGUCACGUGCACCUCACAGACUUCAACAUCGCCACCGUUGUGAAGUCAGGCCAGCUGGCAACCUCCAUGUCUGGGACCAGGCCUUAUAUGGCCCCUGAAGUUUACGAGUGCGCGGCAGAUGAGUGCCUGGGUUAUGGCACGGCAGUGGACUGGUGGUCUCUGGGCGUGGCCAUGUAUGAGGUGAGACGAGGGAAACGCCCUUUUGACAUUCACUCGUCCACGCCCCUCACUGAUAUUAGAAGGAUGUUUCAAGUGACCCCGCGCUUCUCCCCCGACGUGAACCCAGGCAUCAUUCAGCUGAUUCUUGGGCUGCUAGUGUUGGACCCGGCAAGAAGAGUGCAGUCCCUGGAGGAGGUGUACCGCGUCCCCUACGUAGCAGAAGUGGCGUUGCAGGAUGUACUCAGCAAGAAGACCAAGCCUGCCUUUACCCCACCGAAGGACCACCUGAACUGUGACCCGACCUUUGAACUUGAGGAAAUGAUUAUUGAGUCUAGGCCUCUGCACAAGAAGAAGCAGCGACUGUCGAAGCAAAAGAGCCUAACACACAGCUCUCAAUCUGGCAACACUGACGUGGAGGGAGAGAAGAGGUACGAGGGAAUGCUGGUCUUCAACAGGGAGGUGGAGGAGAAGAGAAGAGAGAGGGAGAAGAAGGAGAGAGAGAGAGAGGAGAGAGAGAACAAGUGGCAACAGGAGCUGGAGGAGUCAAUGAGGCUGUCUGAUCCCACUGGCCACGGAACGCCUAAAGGAAAUACAGGGGGAGCAAAGGCGCGCCCAGUCCGAGACCAAGACCAGCGACGUGACAAGCAUUGAUGACGUCAUGGAGAUCGCCAGCCAAUCACAGCGCAAGGCCGGGAAGCAGCCAGCCAGUCAGGAGGCAGAGAGCAAGCUGGAGGAUUCCUUAGCCAAUCACGUUGCAGGAAUUCAGAUCCAAGGGACGAAAGAAGAAGAGGAGGAAGAAAUGGUUCUCUUGCGUUCGAGUAGUAGCAAUAGUAAUAAUAAUAACAAUAGUCUGAGUACUAAUAGCUGUAGUAGUAAGGGAAAUAGUAAUAAAAAGAGGAAUAAAAGAAGAGAGAAGAGGAGAUAAUGAUAACUGGGCCGAUUAUUAUUAUUAUUAUUAUUAUUAUUAUUAUUAUUAUUAUUAUUAUUAUUAUUAUUAUUAUUGUUGUUGUUGUUUAAAUUUGUUAGGUGUUUUUCAAGUAGAGAGAGAGAGAGAGAGAGAGAGAGAGAGAGAGAGAGAGAGAGAGAGAAAGAGAAAGGGUUAAUUUACUUAUUAUAUUAAGUACAGAGAAGGAGGUGGAGGAGAAGAAUAAAGAAGAGAGAAAGUGGAAGACGAAGAAGAAAGGGAGGAAGAGGAGGAGGAGGAGAAGGUGUACAUUAAAGUAUUAUAUAACUGUGUGGUGUGUGUUAAUAGUUCUUUCCCACAUAAUAAUAAUAAUAAUAAUAGUAAUAAUAAUAAGUUAAUAAUAAUAAUAAUAAUAAUAAUAAUAAUAAUAAUCUUUCUGAUGUGUUAAUCUUUUUUUAUUUCUCUCACACUUUCUCAUUUUGAAUCUUCGUAAUAAAAGUAAUUCCCAGUUUCUCUACUUGUUACUAUAAAGCCUAGUAGUAGUAGUAGUAGUAGUAGUAGUAGUAGUAGUGGUGGUGGUGGUGGUGGUCGAUUAAUAUUGCUAUUUUAAUCAAUCUAUUUAAUCUCUCUCUCUCUCUCUCUCUCUCUCUCUCUCUCUCUCUCUCUCUCUCUCUCUCUCUCUCUCUCUCUCUCUCUCUCUCUCUCUCUC